GAAACUAAAAAAAAAAAAAAAGAAGGUAAAAGUGCGCGUGCAUGAACACAGCUGGGGGGCGGUGAUGUCGUGAGCGCGCUUGCCUGUCUCGGUAAUGGUGUGAGCGCGCUUUAAGUGUCGCCUGAAAACAUCUGGAAAAAUGAAUGUUGGAUUUGGGUACUUAAUCCUCAGCGCUGUCACGUCGCUUGCACAAGCGAAGUCCUAUUCGCUCCCUUAUGUCGCGGACGGGAAGUGCAGGGACAGCUAUACCGAAUACAUGGUCGAGAACCGCUGCUGCAGCAAAUGCAGUCCUGGGACUCGAAAGAAGAGCGAUUGUACCAGUGUGGAAGAUACGGUGUGUGUACCCUGUCCUUUGGAAAUGUACUCCGACAACUGGAAUUAUUUCCCAAACUGCUUCUUAUGCAGCAAAUGUCUAGACGAAAAGGGCAUGAAAUACGCCAAGCAGUGCGCCCCUAACAGCAAUGCAGUGUGUGUGUGUAAGCCUGGAUGGUACUGUCUUUUUAACGAAGACUCUCCUUCUUGUACUACUUGUGAAAAGCAUAGGAUGUGCGCUCCUGGUAAAGGAUCGAUUUCACCAGGAACAUCUACAGAAAACGUCAAGUGUGGUAAUUGUCCUUCAGGAACAUUCUCUAAUGAAACCAGUAUGCGGCCAUGCCAGCCACACACUCGGUGUGAAUUACAGGGAAGGCAUGUGCUGAUUCCGGGCACUGACAAAACAGACACGGUGUGUAGUCCGAUUCCGAGCACAACCCCGAGUCUUGUUACCACUCGUCCCUGGACCACUAGGGCCAAGGCUAGUUCUUCACCAACGGAGCCUCCUACGAAGCCUUCAACCUCGGUUCUUCAAAGCACAUCAAUGUGCAUAUCCUCUGUAGUUUCACCACCCAGUCUUGACAACCUGUACAUUGGAUUAUGGAUCGGUCUGCUUGUCGUUACGGCGCUGGUGGUUUUGCUGAUAGUAGGUUUCUGUAUUUGUCACAGGAAAGGUCUAGGCAAACCUGCGAUCCGUGAUGCCGUUGAAGUAGGACAGUGUUCAAACUCGGUCCAUCUCAUCAGUCCGACAGAACACCACGGGCUGUUAGCGGAUAGCAGCAGUGACCCGUCCACGUCAUCAUCCUCUGACAGCCACAGCCAGGGCACAGGAGUGAGUCAGGACUGCCUCCAUGUCGAUCCGCCCAUCGUCUCCAGCCCCAUUGUUAACCUUAACAUCACGUUAAAUUGCCAGAUGAACCCACCCCCACCCACAAUCCCCUGCUCCAUUCCCGUUAGCCCCUGUGUGCAAGUGCUAGAGCCUGAGUUUCCUAUUUCUCAAGAAGAAGAGCAUUGCGUGUCCUGUGAGCAAGAGGACAGCAAAGACGCGAUGCAGUCAGUGCAAGAGACUGGGAUGACUAAAUACUGAAGACGAUGGGGAAAUCCACUGGCUGGUCUUGCAUGUUAGCAGUGAACGUUUAAUCUCAGGCUGAGUGUGUGUGUGCGCGCUCGCGCGCGUGUGUGUGUGUGGUGGUGGAGUUUGGUGCUGUAGUGGCUCAUCAUCCAAGCAUCGCUAGUCAUGUGUAGAUUUUAUUUCACACACACAAACCCUGUUUGAGAGUCCACUAGAUAACAGAAAAGGCGCAAACCCCACUCACGCAGUUACCAUCAAAACACAUUUAUGAAUAUGCAAAUUAAAACCCCACACACGUCCACCAACACACUUCCCCUCAUACACGUCACCGAAUGCAAGGACACAAAGUAGACAAGGGGGGCUAAAGGGAAGGGAAAACCCCCCUGGAAUGAAAUUUGCCUGAGGGCAGUGUAGAGGAAGAAGGUAAAAGCCUGCCAGGGUUCAUUUGCAUGUUGUAACUUGAUAGGCUCUUACAUUUUAUGAUGCAAAAAAUAAUAAUUCAAUGCAGAGAAAGUUUCUGCACUGUGGCUUCUUUGUACAAUGGACCGAACGCCCCUGAAGCGGAAAGGAAAAAGCUGUUUUUAUAUCGUGAUAGCGCUUGAGCACAGUAUUUGAUUGAUCCCCCAUGGGUUUCCCACAGGUUCUCAGGUUUCCUCCCACCCUCCAGAAACACGUGGGUGGGUUUACUGCUUCUGCUCAAGUGUAUGAAAUUAUACAUGUAGUGCUCCACGUUGGCCUGGCGUCCCAUUCAGAGUGUAUUCCCUCCUCACAUAGGCACCAUGAUCUCCGAGCUUACAGAAGACGGAUGAGUGAAAACCUUGUGGUUUUCUCUUCAUUGAGGGGAAAAAAGCCAAAUGGACUUGGACUUGGAGAAGUCUUUGAGCCAACAUCAGAACUGUCAGGUUAAGCUAAGGAUGGCUUGAGUGGUCCAGACACCUUCCUUUUUGGAAACAUGAACGCUUUAAAAUGACAAUGUUGUCCUGAAUAUAUAACCUUGACAGAAUUGAAAAGAAAAUUGAACGCGUUUCUUCUUUGAAUGGCAAAUGUCAAAUAACAAGUAGGCGAGUUGCACUUUACCCACACAUUUGCUCUGAGGAAGUAUUGUGGUCUUGCACUGGAUAUAAAUAAGAAAUUUUUGGAAAUAAGAAAUGUAGAUCACUGACGCCUCCCAGUGGUCAUUCGGGGGAAAAAGCCUUCAUUGCAGAAUGUAUAGGUGGGUUUGUACUUUAUGGAUCCCAAGGGUUUUUUUUUUAACAGAAUGUCAUCUUGCUUGCAUAAUGUGUAUCUAGCUUUUGUAAUUAGCUAAUUUCAUCAUUCAUAAUGCAAAUAUGAAAAUUUUAACCCCUUAAACUCCACAUACACAUCAUUUCUAUUAGGUUGAAUCUACAUUUGGAGCAGUUAAUAAGUAAUACACUGUAAAAUAAAUAACUGAAGCGUAAGCUGUUACUUUAAGGGGUUAAAAAAAGGAAAAGUUAUUUUUAUAUGCAUCUAUGUGUACAUUUUAUACAGAUUUUGUGUAUAUAUAUGUGAUGAAUGAAUGAAUGAAUGAAUGAAUGAAUGUUAAAACUUCGUCUUUCCUUUCUGUCAUUUCAGCUGUGUCCUGUAUGGCUUUUUUAAAUUUAUUUAUUUAAACCUUGUUUAACAAGUCAUCUCCGUAAAUUUAUUUUCAUGCCGUCGUCAAAAAGAAUGUCACACACACUGCUGCUGGAAAUAAUUACAGCCCAUAACUUUUUACAUCCUUUGCAUCAUUUAGAAACAUUGCAUGAGUACAUGAGAAACCUCGGCGCUUAUUGAUGCUAUCUGGUGUUUCUUACAAGCCUGUUACAUUAGUGAACAUACGCGCACACACUCACCAGCCACUUUAAUAGGAGCUUGUUCUUGGUUCUAAGAUCCCUGUUCUUGGUUGCAGGAGUGGAACCUGAUGUAGUGUUCUUCUGUUGUAUGCUGAGAUGCUUUUCUGCUCACCACGGUUGUAAAGAGUGAUGAUUUGAGUUGAUAUAUCUAACCAUGGCUGAAAUGGUUGUAUUCUUUCUAUUUAACAAAAAUAAUAAUACUUUGCAUUGUAAAUGUAAAUAAUUGUUAAAUCAGCCCAGACACAUUAGAUGUGCACAUCACUAAAGUAAGCAUUUGCAUCAGUCUUAUUAUCAUGCGUUUGGUUAGUUUGGUUAAUCUAAUAACUGCAGAACCAGUUGUAGAACCAUGUGCAUGCUUCAGCAAGACUCACACACGUGUCAGUUGUGUUUUGUUGAGAAUUUGCACACCUUUCCCUGAACUGCAGUGCUGCAAAACGGAAGUUUCUGAGUAAUCACAAAAAAACUUAAAACGGUUUGUAGGAAAUGAUUGGUUUGUGUGCAAUGACAGGAAUCUAACAGUUGUAAGUCAGCACUUUGUUUAGGUAAGACACUGAAAUGAAAACCACCAUCACCCAGAAUGACUGAAAUCAGAAGUUGUGAAACGUUUUGUAAAAAGAAACCACCCACUUUUUAUUGUAGCACAGAUUCAUUUUAUGAUCACAAUCCAGAUCUUCACAUAUCAGCACUAUACACCGUUAUGUUUAUUUACUCUGGUGGUUGUAGAGAUUUGUAUUCCUGAACCUUCCAUAAAAACCCACAAACUUAUAAAUUGGA